AAUCAGGCUAAACUCUCCCUUAAACCCUCCCCCCGCCGCUCAAAAAAUGCUCCUCCAAACCUCAACCCACCACCUCAACGCCUCACUCUCCUCCUCCCUCUCCUACUCUCGCCCCCUCCCAUCCAAAAUCCCAACUCUAACCCUCCCCAAGUCCAUAAAUUACCAAAGACGCACCAUCUCCUCCUCCGUAUCUAAAGUCCACAACUACGGCACUGUCGACUACGAGAGACGACCCAUCGUCAAAUGGAACGCGAUAUACCGCAAGAUAUCGCUGCUGGCCGACGACCCGGAGCUGAACUCGUCGAGUGUUUUGAACCAGUGGGAGAAGGAGGGCAAGAAGUUAAGCAAGUGGGAGCUUUCGAGGGUUAUUAAGGAGUUGAGGAAGUACAAGCGCUAUGCUAGAGCUCUCGAGGUGUAUGAUUGGAUGAUCAACAGAGCAGAGAGGUUUAGGUUUUCCAGUAGUGAUGCUGCAAUUCAAUUAGAUCUUGUUGCUAAAGUUCGGGGUGUUUCUAGUGCGGAAAAUUACUUCCUGAGCUUGCCAGAUAAUCUGAAGGACAGGAGAAUAUAUGGGGCUCUGCUCAAUGCCUACGUUCGGGCUAAAAUGCAAGAAAAAGCAGAGGCUUUGUUGGAUAAAAUGAGAAGUAAAGGUCAUGCAUUGCAUGCGCUUCCAUAUAAUGUGAUGAUGACACUUUAUAUGAACCUCAAAGAGUAUGAGAAAGUGGAAUCUAUUGUUUCUGAAAUGAUGGAGAAAACCAUUCAGCUAGAUAUAUACUCAUACAAUAUCUGGCUAUCAUCUAGAGGAUCUCAGGGAUCUGCAGAACGAAUGGAACAGGUUUUUGAACAGAUGAAGUUGGACAGAACCAUUAAUCCCAACUGGACCACAUUCAGCACUAUGGCUACAAUGUACAUCAAGAUGGGACUGUUUGAAAAGGCUGAAGCUUGUCUUAAAAAAGUUGAGAGUAGAAUCACAGGUCGGGAUCGGAUUCCGUACCAUUAUCUUUUAAGCCUUUAUGGCAGUGUUGGUAAUAAAAAUGAGAUAUAUCGGGUAUGGAAUGUGUACAAAUCAAGUUUUCCCAGUAUCCCGAAUUUGGGCUACCAUGCUGCCAUUGCUUCUCUAAUCAGAGUAGGUGAUGUGGAAGGGGCAGAAAAGAUUUUUGAGGAAUGGCUGCCAGUCAAGCCGACUUAUGACCCUAGAAUUGCCAACCUUUUCAUUGUUUCUUACAUAGAAGAAGGGGAUUUUGAUAAAGCCCAGAGUUUCUUUGACAACAUGGUUGAAGCAGGAGGAAAACCUAAUUCUAGUACCUGGGAGGCCCUUGCUGAAGGGCAUAUUGCAGAGAAGAGAAUCUCUGAGGCAUUAUCCUGCUGGAAAGAAGCUUUUUCGGCUGAGGGUUCAAAGAGUUGGAGACCAAAGCCCAUUAAUGUGACUACCUUCUUUGAAUUCUGCGAGCAAGAAGGCGAUCUAAGAAGCAAAGAGGUUUUCUUGGGAUUGUUGAGGCAGUCAGGAUAUCUCGAAAAUAAGACAUAUGCAUUACUUGUAGGCUUAUCCAAUGAAGAAUCUAGUGAUAAUGAUCUCUCAUUAGAGAAAGAUAUGACCAACGAUAACCAGGACGCUGAUGAGAAGUCAGAUGAUGGGUCUGAUAUGCUCUUGAAUCAGUUGCAGAGUACCAUGUGAUCCUUUAUUCAAGGUGCAGGUAAGUUUUUUGCAGAAAUGGCAUCUUUUAAGUUUCAGAAGGCUUCCUACCUUGCAUGGUAGUGAUGAGUGCCAUGCCCACAACUGCCUGUAGUAGCUGCAUAUAUUGAUAAGUACAAUUAGCUGAAUAUCUGAAGGGCAUUUACACCUCUGCGCUGCUCUGCUCUGCACUGCCGAGUAACAUCCGGGUAAUAUGUGGGUCUGCAUGUAAAUCUUUAUGUAGUUUGAUUAGCUUAGGACCACAGUUUUCAGUUGUUUAUGUUGACCUAACGUAAAAGAACGAAACAUGAGUGGUGGGAGCAUACAUAAAAGCAUAAUAAUUUCUUCCAUUUUACGUUCUCCUUUCUAGUUUUGUGAAUUCACAUGAAU